AUGGACAAACAUAAAAACAAUGAAGAAUAUCCCAUUUCAUAUCCGACUAAUUUCUCCAAUCAGCAGAAUCAAAUAAAUCAGCUAGAUCAAAAUGACAUGAAUAAACAAAUGUACGAUUAUUAUUACUACAAUAAUAAUCCGGACAUAGGGAUAAACAAUGAGAGAGGUUAUAAUAAUAUAUCUAGUGAAGGUCCUUACAAUGGAAACUAUGCAAUGAAUUACGGAUAUAUGGAUCCAUCAUUUUACCACAUGAAUAAUGCAAUGCAUUCCCUAGGCAAUGUAAUGAACCCAUAUAAUAAUCACACUUUGAAUAGAUUCCAAAACAGAAUGGAAGAUCACCCGAGUAAUUACCUUUAUAAUAAUAUAGAUUAUAACGUUAGAGGUGGUAUGAAAUAUAAACUAGGUGCAAAUAAUUCAUCUAAUAGUGCCUUUCACUCAUCUUUAAUUAAUUAUAACAAUGAAGAAAAAAAGAAUAUACUUGAAAUGACAAAUACAACAACGUAUAAUGUGAAUAUAUUAUUAAGAAAUAAUAUUUUAUCAUCUGAAUAUUUUAGAUCCCUAGUUGCACUGAAAACAUUCAAAGAAGUAGUAGAUGAAAUUCAUUUAUAUGCUGACCAUGUGGAACCCUAUUGUGUUGGAAGUACAAGGGCACCUUCGACUCUUUUUUGUUGCCUCUACAGAUUGUUUACUAUGCAACUGUCGGAGAAGCAGAUGAAGGUAUUAAUAGAAAGCCGUGAUUCCUGUUAUGUACGAGCCUGCGGAUUCUUAUAUCUUAGAUACGUUCAUGCUCCUGCAAAUCUAUGGAUGUGGUUCGAACCCUACCUCCUGGAUGAAGAUAUGUUUACCAUAUCAUCUGAUAAACGAAAGAAACAAACAAUAGGUGAAUAUAUUCAGUGUCUGUUGUCAGAUGAUAAAUAUUUUAAUACAGUCCUUCCUAGGAUGCCAAUAAAAAUAAAAAACACUUAUGGUGCACGGCUAAUGCUUAUUGAGGAUCAUAGAAGAAGAUUGAAAAGGAAUAAAGAAAAAAUGUCACAAUUUGUCAAAGGAGAACCUGUUAUGGCCUAUGUCAAUGGUGAAUGGGAAAAGGGAGAAAUAGGAGGUAUCGUUAACCACGGAAAGGAGAAAAUUUUUGUCAGAAUAAGAAAAAUUGAUGGAAAUGAAAAGUUGGUUAACAUGGGAUAUGUCAAACUUGUGUCGAAGGAAUCUGAUAAGGAAAAGGAUACAGACAGAGGUGAUCGAACAGAAAGAAGCAGAAAUGAUAAAAGCCAUAGAAGACGAGGCAGAAGCAGGAGUGGAAGAAGUAGAAGCAAAAGUAUAAAAAGAAGGAGGAGAAGGAGUAGAAGCAGUGGGAGACAUAAUAGGGGCAGACAUAGGGAUAGAAGUCGAGAUCGUGAUAGAAGCCACGAUCGGGAUAAACGAAGAAAGAGAAGAACUAGUGAUGAACAAAACGACAAAAAUCAUUCCUCAGGCAAUAAAUCGCACACAUAUUAUCGAGACAGAUCAGUUAACAAGCACAGCAAAAGAUCUCAUGAGGGAUCUCAUAGUAAAAAAGACAAGUCUUUAUCUAGAUCAUACAGGUCGUACAGAUCGUCCAAAUCUUCUAGAUCAAGAAAUAAUGAUGAUGAUGACAAUGAUAAAACACAAAGAAAAUAUAAAUAUGAAAACAACGAAGAUGAAUUAAUCAAUAAAUUUAGAAAAAUAGAAAGCCAAAAAGCACUUGCAACUGGAAAAGAUUAUGCUCGAAGACCUACAUCAUACAAAUCGUCGUUAACAAUUAAGGUAGAAAAUAUUUUAACCAGAAAAAAAUCAGUUUCAAGAUCUCCAAAAAGAAUAGAUAAAACAGUAUAUCUUACGCAGAAGGACGAAAAAAACAAUGAAAAUACAAUAACAGAAAAUUCCAAAUUAAUGGCAUUAAUGCAGAAAUAUAAUAAAGAUGAAAAUAGUGAUUCGAAAGAUAACAUUAAUUCGGGAAAUAUGGAUGAAAUGGAUGUUAUGACAUUGGGAUAA